AUGUCCAAGCCAAUUGUUUUGUACUCCCACAAAUCGGGACCUAACCCGUGGAAAGUCGCUAUCCUGCUCGAAGAGCUCGGCGUUUCUUACGAGACAAAGUUCAUGGAGUUCCCAGAGCUUAAGAAGGAGCCAUAUGUGACUCUCAACCCCAACGGACGAGUGCCUGCUAUCGAGGACCCCAACAGCGGCAUCACCCUCGCUGAGUCUGGUGCAAUUAUUCAGUACCUAAUUGAGACGUAUGACAAAGAGGGAAAGCUGCACUCGACUUCCGCUCCCGAGAAGUUUCAGGAAAUCCAGUGGCUCCACUUCCAGAUGUCUGGCCAAGGCCCAUAUUUCGGCCAGAAGGCGUGGUUCUCUAACUUCCACUCCGAGAAGCUGCCAUCGGCCGAAGAACGCUAUGCGAACGAAAUCAAGCGCGUCUUGGGCGUGAUCGAUGGUCAUCUGUCCAAGCAUAAGAGUGAGUACCUUGUUGGUAACAAAGUUUCAUACGCCGAUCUUUCCUGGGUCACUUGGAACUCCCUGCUCGGUUGGCUGCUGCCUGAGUACGACGCCGCUCAAGACUUUCCUGCUUUCGCCGAGUGGAACAAGAAGCUUAUCGCGAGACCGGCCGUUGCUAAGGUUCUAAAGUCCUUCCACGGCCAGUAA